ACCCCAGCACUCCCUCUCUCCUCCUCAUUAUGGACAGAGCUUCCCUUAAGCUGAACGACGGCCGGCAGGAACAGUGGAUAUGAACACAAUCAGAGCCCAGCUAUGUUUGGGGAUCAUAAGUUACAUUUUGUUCCAAGGUGGUUCCUCCCAAAGCCCACGAGUCCAGAGCCUUGGAUUUCGGCAGGGUAAUAAGCCUUCCACUUUUACAACUCACUCGGCACCUCAAUCCACCACAGAUAUUCCAGUAUCUUUGAGGAUGUCCACACUGGUCACCACAGUGAGGGAUGAAUCAUCAAAUCCAAGAACAUCCACCUGGAAUAGUUUCCAGUCUUCUCCCUUUAGUCCUACAACAAAGACUCAGACACAAGAAGCCACCCCAGGGCGAGCUGUAGGUACAAGUGCCCUGAGUCAUAAAACCAGGGAAAGAUCCCCGAUCCCCACUUCUUUAGUUGCAACUUCAGACAUUAUCCCCAAGUCAACCAUAAUGGACUUGAGAACAACUGAAAAACCUGUCUUGCCCACCCCAACGUCUGAGACUGUGCUGACUGUGGCAGCAUUUGGAGUUAUCACCUUCAUCAUCAUUUUGGUGGUCGUAGUAAUUAUCCUGGUCAGUGUGGUCAGUCUGAGGUUCAAGUGUCAGAAAAAUAAAGAGUCAGAAGACCCCCAGAAGCCAGAUAGUUGUGGAAUGUCUGAAAGCUCCACAGCCAAUAGGGAGAAGGACACCAGCAUCACACUCAUCUCCAUGAAGAAUAUUAAUUCAAAUAAUAACAAGGGCUGUUUUACAGAAGAGAAGGUUCUAUAAACUUGGCCUUGAGUGACAAGGACUCAGGAAGCAACAACUGUGAUGGUGGAUUGUUGGAGUGAUAUGGAAGGAAGCCAAGGCAUGAUAUAUUCCAUGCAAAUUAUUGCAUUUCAAAUCCACACUUGAAGAUGAAGGAGACACAAGCCUUGGUUUAGAUUUGAAAGAAUUGUCUCCCAAUUUUGAACAUAAAUAAUAAUCCCAGAAACAUAACCUACCCUUCCCAUCUCCCUGGGAUCAUAGAGAAGAGACAAAUACAGCACGGAGACAAAUAGGUCUUGCGUUGGGACUGGGAGAUAUUUGUACUUUUCAUUUUUAAUAUAAUUAAAAUUAUUUUUGGUCUGCAGCA